GAUGUUUGGAUGGCUGACGGGCGCUACCACUUCUGUAGAGUGCACGGGGGACUAUGACUCCACGAUCCAGCCGGGUAAGAAGGGGAUCAUCACUGACCCCAUUGAGGACAUGACGCCCGAGAAGUUCGAAGAGAAGUUUUGGAAGUGGGUGGAGCACCAACCAGCCUUCACCAACUACGAGACCGGUCGCGAUGUCAGUGGGAACAAGGAGAGUGGGAUGGUCGUAGCGUUCCACGUUGAGGUCUCUGGUAUCGCUGCCUUGCUGGUGAGCUUCAAAGCCUCGAUCUACAACAAGUACUACCAGAAAGAUGGUUGCUACUAUAUUGAAAACUAUGCUGCGGACAAAGACUUGAAAAAGCUUGGGCAUCAGACCGUUUUGAAGCCCCUGACAGAUCCUUUCCGGCUCGAAAUUUUUGACAUGGAGACCGGUGCACGUAGGGCUGGACCCUUCCUGAAAGGCGCACUGGAGAACGAACUGAAAAGCGCGGAGAUCACGUUUGAAAAGGCGGAGGCUGAACAGCCCAGCCCAACAACUCCGGGAGAAUUUAGCAUCCUGGUGAGUGGCGUCCCGGGUCUCACUACCACUGAGGCGCUUUGGGAGAAGACGAAGGCCGACAUGCUCACGAAGGGCGCAACAGAGGAGGCAGAUGGGUCCCUGAAGAUGGAAAACGCAGGAUGGUUCGGAGCCUCAACCUUUUCCCUAACAAGUUACAACAAGGAGAAAGAUGAGGUCGUGGCGCUGGAUUGCGGCCAAGAUGCCACCUGCAAGGAGUUUAAUGGCACUUCCCAUACCAAGGUUUUGAAGGAUUCUGCCCAGAUUGAAAGAUGGGUCUUCCCCAAGGCGGCAGUGAUCUCAGAUGACAAGGGAGCCAAGGCUCUGUCUCAGGUGGCUUCCGCCAUUAUCAACAUGGAUUGA